AUGUCUCGGGUGAUUGCAGCAUCGCUUGCCGGCCGGACCCUGGCCGCCCAUGGCGCAGAUGUCAUCUGGAACACCUCGCCUUCGCUUCCCGAUCUCCCUGUCAUGGACCGGGAUCUUGGCAGAGGCAAGCGUACUGUUCGCAUUGGCAUCAAGAAUCCCGACGACAAGGCAAAGCUCCUUGAGCUUCUCGCGACAGCCGACAUCUUCAUCCAGGGCUUCCGACCGGAGUCGCUGGCUGAAUCUGGACUGGGCCCAGAAGACUUGACCAAGCUGAACCCCAACUUGGUCAUUGCCAACAUGUCGGCCUUUGGCCCUCGUGGACCCUGGUCCAAGCGCAGAGGCUUCGACUCUCUCAUACAGAUAUUGUCUGGCAUGAAUGUAUCUAAAGCCGAGAAUGCCGGCAAGGGGCGGAUGUAUCACUCGAGGGCACGGAUGAAAUAUCUCCGCAGUCUGGGUCAAUACCCUGGGGUGACGGGAUUCAAGGCCCAAGACUACGAAAAGCCAGAAGAUGUGCCAGAAGAGUUCUAUGAGACAAAAGCUGGUCUCUUCGAAUUUCUGUUCUUCACUUGCAUCUUCAGCCUGCGUAUUGUCACUGUUCAACAAAUUCUUUCACAAAUCACUACCGAAGCAAGCACAAUGUUCAUCAAGACUUCUACAGCUAUUGCCAUCGUGGGCGUGGCAUCCAAGGCCCUCACCGCCGCCGUCCCCCCUCCGGAGAUGGUUGCGCCCUCCAAGCCCAUCUACACCCUUCCCGUGGAGCAGCCUCUGCCCGUGGCGCAGAGAGACGUGCCUCACCCAGUCAACCCCGACGAACCAGUCUUCACGUUGCCCGUGGAAGAGGACCUCCCGCUGGUGCAGCGUGACCCUCAGCAAUUCUGCAUCGACCACCCGGACCUGUGCAUCACCAAGCUCAAACGCAGCCCGCAGCAGUUCUGCAUUGACUUUCCAGACCAGUGCAUCACGAAGCGCGUUCCUCAGCAGUUCUGCGACAACUACCCUGAUCUCUGUAUCACUUGA